AUGGCGACGAACCGUCCCGACACGCUGGACCCGGCUGUAAUGCGUCCCGGUCGUCUCGACCGCAAAGUGGAGUUCGGACUGCCCGACCUCAAGGGACGAGCGCACAUCUUCCGCAUUCACGCGCGUUCAAUGAGCGUCGAGCGCGACAUCCGCUUCGAUGUGCUGUCCCAACUCCACGGGCGCGGAGAUCAGAUCUGUGUGCACGGAGGCGGGCGUGUUCGCGAUCCGCGCUCGACGCCAUGUUGCUACGGAGAAAGAUUUCUUGGAGGCCGUCAACAAAGUCAUCAAGUCCUACGAGAAGUUCUCCGCCACGCCGCGCUGCAUCGUCGUGUCCGUGUAUUAUAG